AUGAGUGGAGGAGGAAGAUAUCAACAAAGACAUGAUAACAAUCAUGGCAGUAACUCAUCAGUUUCGUGUUUAUUCUAUAAUAAAAUAGGAGCUUGUAGACAUGGAGAGAAAUGUUCCAAAAAGCAUAUAAAACCAACAUCAUCAAAAACUUUAUUAUUAGCCAACUUAUAUCAAAACCCCAAAUUAAAUAAAAAUGAUAGUGAAGAAUUUACUCAAAAACAAAUACAAGAAAUUUUUGAUUUAUUUUAUCAAGAUAUAUUUAUACAUUUAAGUUUAUUAGGAGAAAUUGCUUCAUUAGUAGUUUGUGAAAAUGAAAAUAAUCAUUUAAAUGGUAAUGUAUAUGUACGGUUUUUUUCAACAAAUGAUGCAUUAAAUAUAAACAAUAUAUUAAAUCAAGAAUGGUUCAACGGUAGACCAGUGCAUUCAGAAUUAUCACCAGUACUUGAUUUUAAUGACGCUCAUUGUAGAGCUUAUGAUACAAAUUCUUGUGAAAGAGGAGAAAUGUGUAAUUAUAUGCAUAUAAGACAACCAACUAAGAGUAUAAAAGAUAGACUAUAUGAUGGUCAAGAUAAGAAAUAUGACUUGGAUAAACUAAAUAGGUUGAAGUUGGAGUUGGAAGAAUUAAAAAAGAAAGAAAAUGAUGAUAUACCCACAGGAGAUUCCAAAAGCGAUACAAAUAAAUUGCUAAAUUCAUUAUUUUGA